GCUCCGACGUGCGGGAGGGACCACCUGCUGGCCGGGGAGAGGGGAGGGAGAGGAAGAUAGAAGAAACCCGGACGUGUUUCCCUCAGCCAGCCAAGCAGUAACAGCCACCCGUCCUGGCUCCGCCCACUUCCAACCCUACCUCGCGCCCUUCCACUUCCGCACGGUAGCUUUCCCUCCCCUCCCCCGCACCCCCGGCCUGGGGCUGCGGAGCAAGAAGAGAGACGUAAGGCAGGGGAGGAAAAAACACCACCCGGCCAAGCGAGGGAGCGCGCGCGCGCGCCCCUGGCCGACGCAGGGAUUAAAGACACACAGGAGUCUUCAUGGAUAUAGUUGAUACAUUUAACCAUUUAAUUCCUACUGAACACUUAGAUGAUGCCCUAUUUCUAGGAUCCAACCUGGAGAAUGAAGUCUGUGAGGAUUUUAGUACAAGUCAAAAUGUCUUAGAGGAUUCGCUGAAGAACAUGCUCAGUGAUAAGGACCCUAUGCUAGGAUCUGCAAGUGCUCAGUUCUGUUUGCCUGUUUUGGAUAGCACUGAUCCCAAUUUCCAGAUGCCUUGUUCAACAGUUGUUGGACUUGAUGAUAUUAUGGAUGGAGUUAAGGAAACUUCCCGCAGUACCAUUGAUGAAGAUGAUCUUUCGGCUAGCAGGAAUUUGAGGGACCAAAUGGAUGGGACUUCAGUUAAAUCACCAAGAAAAUCUCCGCGUUUAAUGACACAAGAACCAGUACGAAGUCUGCGCCAGAGUACACUAGCCAAGCGUUCAAAUGCUUCACCAUCUGUUACCGCAAAGAAAUCAACUGCAAAGACUACCCAAAAGGGAGGACUGAAGCAGCAGGAUAAAGGGCAGACUAAACAGGAAGAUGGUAAUAGCCAAGAGCAUUCGAAAGAGAUUGAGCAGACUAAUAAUGAAUCUUGCCAACAAGAAGAGGCAACAGAACCACCACCACCUUCAGGCAAUUCAGAGUGGGUUGCUUGUUGUACAAAAUCUGAUGAAGUGAAAGCAGAUAGUGAACAUGAAAUUCCUAACCAGGCAAAAAUAGAGGAAGCAUCUCAUGAAGAACAAAAUUCUUCUCACUUACCAGGAACCAGUUCCCCAACUAAAGAAAUGGAAAGUGGGUCAGAAGUUGUAGAAAGUGAAUGUGAUACUGUUGGAGUAGGGUUGGCAACAUCUGCUCAUGUGGAGGCUAAUGUAAAAAAUAAUAAUAUACUUAAAAAGGAAGGGGAUGAAACGGUGGUAAAUAAAUUUACAUCUGAAAUACCUUCAGAAGAAAAGGUAGACUGUAAAAUAGAGAAAGAGUUGAAUGAAACUAAGAUGGCUGAUGAAAGCAGGAGAACUGGAAUGGCUGAUAUUCCUUUUGUUACCACAGCUCAUGAGAAUGCAAGUGAAAUUCAGGAAACCCUUACAGUUCAGUCCAACUUCAUGGAUGGAAAACCUGAAGGCAGCUCAGGCUUACAAGCUAGCAGGGACAUUGCUCAUAAAAUUAGCUUACCAGAAGAAGACAAACAAGAGCCUUUAGAUAAUUCUAAAAAAGCUGAGUUGAAAGCCAAUCUUCCUUUGGAUAGCAUGGAUCUUGGUCAGACUGAUUCGAAAAACAUUGAUACCACUUCUUCCAAAUCAGAAAAAAAUACUUUAGAAGGUGAUACAGUUCAAGACAUUCCAGUCCAAGCUGUACAUCAGGAGGCUGACAAUGUAAAAAUGGCAGAAUCUGAGAUGCUAGGAUUGCAAGAAGAUGGGCAUUCUAGCACUUCAUCAAAAUGUAUAAAAAAUGUGAAGGCCAAACAUGCCAAGUCUAAGCAAAAUAAAAUUACAGCUGCCCAACAAAAAAUAACUUCCAUAAACCAAGAAGUACAUACUAAAACACAAGUUCUUCCAGGUGUUGUCAUUCACUCUUCAGUAAGUCUGAAACGUCAUGCAGAAGAGCAGGAGGAUCUCCAGCAUUCUCAUAAGCCAGUGAAAGUUAAGAAAAAACAUGCAGAUAAAGAUGUGAAGGCCCAGAGCUGUGACUCUGGAGGGGCCCUAAAGAAGCAGCCCCAUGCAUUGGGGAAAAACAUUCCACGGGUCCAAAUCCCAGCACAGGCACGGAAGUUGUCAACAGACCGAGCGAGUGACAAGUCCUUCAGCCGUCAUGCUGGCUCAAAAGAUAGCACACACUUGGUGUCGGGACCAGUACAUCCUAAGCUGGGGCAGUUGCCACACCACAAUCAGAAGCAAUUACAGAAACACCAACUUCUUAAAACGAAUAAUUGCGUUAAGGAAGAAGGAGGGAAAAAAGAUUCUGCAGGGACACCUGUGGAUUAUUUGAAAGAGGAUGAAAAAGAAAAACUGAAACUCAGAAAAUUAGAAAAGAGUCUUCAGCCUCGUCAGAGAAGAAGUAGCAAAAGUCUUUCAGUUGAUGAGCCACCACUGUUCAUUCCAGAUAAUAUUUCUACUAUAAAACGAGAGAGUUCGGAACACCUAUAUCCCAGUGAAAGCAAAAGUCUCUGGGUACCUAGUAAGCAGUGUGGGUUUUGCAGAAAGCCACAUGGCAACAGGUUCAUGGUAGGCUGUGGUAGAUGUGAUGACUGGUUUCAUGGUGACUGUGUUGGUUUGAGCCUUUCUCAAGCACAGCAAAUGAGCGAAGAAGACAAAGAAUAUGUAUGUGUGAAAUGUUGUGCUGAGGAAGACAAAAAACCAGAUCUAGUUGAUGAAAAUAUGCUGGAUGCACAAGUGAAACUGGAAACAACGAGAGAAAGUAGAACAAUGGAAUGUGAGAAGCCUGGCAUAUCAAAGCAAACUUCUGUGUGCCCUCAGAAUAAAACAAGGCAGGGAGAAGACCCUGUGAAGCACAAGGUCAAAAUUUUUAAACGGGAAUCUGGUGAUGGAAGAGCAUUAACAGAAUGUAAGGAUUCUGAAAUGAAAAAAGGGCAGCAAAUUCCUAUUAGGAAAACAGGGCAAAUGGCUACAGUCCAUCGCCGAUCUUCAGAAGACAGACAUGAAAAAAUAAAUAAAGACAGUCUUAAUGUUUCUUGUUCAAGUGAAAGCACAACAAAAUCAGGUGUUCAAGAUAAACAGGAAGUCAAGAAAAAGAGAACAGAGAAAGGAGGAACAGUCAGUAAUGUGCACCCACCUACUGCCUCUACAUCCAAACCUUCUGCUGAUCAGAUAAGGCAAAGUGUUAGGCAGUCGCUCAAAGAAAUCUUGGAGAAAAGGCUUGCAGACUCUACGUUGAAGAUUUCUGAAGAAAGAGCAGCAAAAGUUGCAACUAAGAUUGAAAAAGAACUAUUUUCCUUUUUUCGGGAUACUGAUUCCAAGUACAAGAAUAAAUACAGAAGCUUGAUAUUCAAUCUCAAAGAUCCAAAAAACAAGAUACUAUUUAAAAGAGUAUUGAAAGGUGAAGUUACUCCAGACCAUCUCAUAAGAAUGAGCCCAGAAGAACUGGCUUCCAAAGAAUUAGCUGCAUGGAGGAAAAGAGAAAACAGACACACAAUUGAAAUGAUUGAAAAAGAACAGAGAGAAGUUGAAAGGCGACCAAUCACAAAAAUUACUCACAAAGGAGAAAUAGAAAUUGAGAGUGAGACUCCAGUAAAAGAGCAAGAAGCAGUUAUAGAAAUUCAGGAACCUACUCCAGUUAAAGUUGUGGAGAAGAUGGAGGAGAUUGAAAAAGAUAAAGAAAUAGAUGAAUCCGCCACUCCUGAUACGACAAAUCAACAUAAAAACCAUUUGUUUGAUCUUAACUGUAAAAUUUGCAUAGGUCGAAUGGCGCCGCCUAGUGAUGACCUUUCUGGGAAAAAUGUGAAAAUUUCAGUUGGAGUUGCCCGAAAACCAUCAGACAAUGAAGCUGAAAGCAUAGCAGAUGCGCUUUCUUCAACAACAAAUAUUUUAGCUUCGGAAUUAUUAGAGGAAGACAAUGAAUUGCCAAAUCCAGCACUUGCUUCUACUUCAAGCUCUAGAUCAGAAACACCUGGCACUGUUGAAAGUGAAACACUAUUUCUAGCUCGUCUGAACUUCAUUUGGAAAGGCUUAAUCAACAUGCCAUCUGUCGCAAAGUUUGUUAUCAAGGCUUACCCGAUCUCUGGCUCUUUUGAAAGUUUAACUGAGGAUUUGCCAGAUAGUAUCCAAGUCGGUGGCAGAAUAUCGCCUCAGACCGUUUGGGAAUAUGUUGACAAAAUAAAAGCCUCGGGGACAAAGGAAAUCUGUGUGGUCCGUUUUACCCCUGUGACGGAAGAGGAUCAGAUUUCAUACACUUUGCUCUUUGCAUACUUCAGCAGCCGAAAGCGUUAUGGUGUAGCGGCUAAUAACAUGAAGCAAAUCAAGGAUUUAUACAUUAUCCCUUUAGGUGCCUUUGAUAAAAUUCCACAUCAAUUGGUGCCUUUUGAUGGUCCUGGCAUUGAAGUACACCGACCCAAUUUGUUGCUGGGGUUGAUAAUUCGCCAGAAGCUAAAAAGACAGAUAAGUGCAGUUGGUAAUACAAGCACUAGCCAUGCUGAAGAAGGUCCUGAAAAUAUGCCACCUGAAAAGAAAAGUAAACCAAGCAAAUCUGAAGUCCCUCAGUCUGAAUUAGUAGAAAAGGAAGAAGAAAAUGACUUCUUUAACUCCUUCACAGCUGUGUUGCACAAACAAAGGAUUAAGUCACAACAGUCUGCUACAGAAGAAGUAAUAGUGAAUGAACCUGUUGUGGAGAGCAUCAAACUUGAACCACCAAAGCCCCUGCGGUUCCUUCCUGGAGUUUUGGUUGGAUGGGAAAAUCAGCAGUCUGCUCUUGAGCUAGCAAAUAAACCAUUGCCAGUAGAUGACAUUCUUCAAAGCCUUUUGGAUACUACAGGGCAGAUGUCUGAACAUAUCCAACCAGCUGUAGAUCUGUUUCCUAGUAAAGAUAUGCCUUUAUCAGAUAAACAGGCAAGUGUAAAAGAAGAAAAAAUGGACAUUCCGAUAGUAACUGCUGGCAUUGAAGAAUCUAAGGGUAAAAAAGACAACGCAAAAGAAUCCACUGACAAAAUCUUAGCAACUGAUACACCAGUAGCAGAUGUCUCAUGCUCUACAGGAAAUCUGACAAGCCUAAGUCUUAAGGGGAAACCACCAGAUGUUUCUACUGAAGCAUUUUUAGCAAAUUUAACGAUUCUGUCACAGAACAAAGAAACCAAAGAAACUACAGAAAACAAUCAAAAGUUGGGUGACACAGAUGUUUCUCAGGAAAGUAAAAGGACCACAGAUUUUCCUGUCCCUUCAAGUGUGGGAAAAGGUGUUGGGAGCAAUAAUAUUGGUGUAGCAUCUGUUGAUAGUAUGAUGCAUAAUAGUUCAAAAUCUCCUCCCUUCAUUAAUCUUAAAAGGGAUCCAAGGCAAGCAGCUGGACGAGGCCUACAGAACAAUGGUUCAGAAAAUGAAGGUGAAGGUAUUAGAAAUGAAGAAAUGCAAAAUAGUCAACAACCAGAGACUUUAGAAACAGAACAGACAAAUAUAGAUAAUAAGCAACCUUCAGAUCAGAGUGAUAGUCAAGAAUGCAAGAAGACACUGGCAUCAACUGCAUCUAAAGCAGAUAGUGCAUGUUCCUCACAGCUGGAAGAUACUAAUCAGUUGCAUGAAGAAGCACUAUUGCAAAGCAUUGAGACGGUACAUUCGGUUAGACGAGGAUUAUUGCCACCACCACCAUCAUCAUCAUCUCAGUUUGAAACUGAAAAUUCUUGCCAGACUGAAUUCAGUACCAAAAUACCCAGUCCUGCUGCAAGUGGAAACUUCUCGCCAAUCAGGACUCCGCAGCCCAAUUUCCAGCACGCUAAAACUACUCCACCUGCUUUUCAGUUCCAAGGGGCUGUUGCCCCUACCUUUCCUCCACAAAACAAUCCUGUGUUUGGGUUUCCCCCUCAUCUUCCUCCUCCUCUCCUUCCUCCUCCAGGCUUUGGCUUUGCUCAGAACCCUCUGAUGCCUUGGCCUCCUGUGCUUCAUCUGUCAGGUCAGGCCCCGCAUUUUGUUGGGCCAGUUUCACCAGCACCAUCUCUGGCUCACAAACAGUCAAGGUUCUCAGGGCCAGAACACUUUUAUCAGAAUAGAGACACUAGGCGACCAGAAAGGCGUCACAGUGACCCUUGGGGCCGGCAAGCUCCACAUGUGGAGAGGGCAUUUAGUAGAAGGAAGAGUGAUCAGCAUAGGCAAAGAUUUUACAGUGAAUCACAACACCAGAAAAAAGGCAGACAUGACUGGGAGCCAGAUUCUGAAAGGAAUAGACAUAGAGAUAGAAACCAGGAUAAAGAAAGAGAGAGAAAAAGCAGGGAGGAAGGGCAUCGAGACAAAGAGAGGUCGCGACUUGCACAUAGCGAUAAGGACUCUGAAAGCAAAUCCUCAAGAGAAAGUAGGAAUCCUGAAAAGAAGGAUGUUCCUAAAAGUGAAGAGCGUGCUCACGAAAAGGAGAAAGAAAGAGAAAAAAGUAGGGAGAGGUACAGAGAGCGAGACAGUGAAAAGAACCGAGAUAGACAUCACAAAGACAGGGACCACAGCGACCGAGGGAAAAGCAAAAGGUAAAAGGAAAAGGCACAGGUUGUCUUCUGAAGUUUUAAAUGAGCAAGAAAUAAUCUGUUUUAAAUACGUCCUAAAAUUCUCUGUAAAAAUACAUAUGCUUGGGUAUAACUGUGCCAUCAAUUCUCCUUUUUUAUAUUCAGUGUUUAGUGUUUUGUAGGAACAAGUCUGGUUUGGUAUCAGUCCAUUUCCCAUUCAUUCAUUUGCUUUUAUGUUCUAUUGACCUAGGAGUAGAGUUGAAUAGUCAACAUUUUACAUUGCUUGUAUAGUCAAGAUUGUAAGGGUUUCCUUUUAAUAUGCAAUAAAAGGCGCAUAAAGGCUCUUUGUCAAAUUUGGCUUCAGUUGAGAUAUUUGCAGCCUAUGGUGAUUUGUGCUCUCUGUUUGAUGAUGCUCCUGUUAACUAUAAGGAUGGAUUUUGUACCAUUUACUCUUCUAAAACUGUAUUGGCUUUUUUUUUUUAAUGGACUUUGGCACAGUCUCAGAAUCCACAUUCAAAUUCAACCUAAAGCAUAAGCUGAAUGCUGUUGAAGACUUUCAAAAGAACUACAUGAAAAAAGAGCAGUAUUGAUCAUCAGAUAUUACCCACGCAUCUGAAACAGUUUGUGAGCAGAAAUUAGAAGGCCACAUGGUCCAAUUGUAUUAGGGCACAUUUAUUUUAAUAAUUUCUUUUUACACCGUUAGCCUUUAUGCUACGAUUUGUAUUAAUUUUCCGACCAUUUCUCAUGCUUUGAAAACUUGAAUACCUAAGCUUGUACAUGACAUUGUGUUUUACUAUCCUUUAUAUUAUAAAUGUAAAUAUUUUAAGGGAUAUUUUGAUUCUACAAAUGAUAAAGCCUUCUCACAGCUGUUGUUUGUUUGACUUUAAUAGAUGUGAAGCAAUAGACUAAACCAACAUAACAGAAAGAUGUAUACAUGUGGCUUGGCUUUACAAUUCAUGACUGGUAAUUUUUAAUAACCCUAGGGUUUUUAAUAAAUAGAUCAGUAAAAUU